UCCCCCACCUCCUCCCUAUUUCUCUAUGUAUAAGACCUCGAGACACUUUGGAGUACACAUUCAUGGACAAAGUCCCAUUGUAGUGGAAACAGAUAUAAAACCCAUUUGGAAACUAAUCCCAAUCCCUCCCUCUCUUUGCAAAUAUCCAAACUCUAACUAUGGAGGAGCAGAAUAUCAAUAUGGCUGAUGAAGAAGGCCGUGGGAUCGGCGGCGGAGGGGAUUUUUUGUACGGGGAAAAUGGAGUGAAAAUCGCCAUGGUUAAAGAAGAGCCAGAGAUUCUGCUAGACGGUGAAACUGAUCAUAUGGGAGGUGAAACUGCCGGUGGGUGUUUUCCUGCUUCGCCGGUGUCGGUCCCGGCGCCCAUGGAGGGGCUCCAUGAAGUAGGACCUCCACCGUUUCUGAAGAAGACGUACCAGAUGGUUGAAGACCCAGAAACUGAUGGGAUCAUUUCGUGGGGCUUCGCCAAGAAAAGCUUCGUAGUUUGGGAUCAGCACGAGUUCUCCAGCACUCUUCUGCAAAAGUACUUCAAGCACAAUAACUUCUCCAGCUUCAUUCGCCAGCUCAACACUUAUGGUUUCAAGAAGAUCGAUUCGGACAGAUGGGAAUUCGCAAACCAAGGGUUUCAAGGAGGGAAGAAGCAUUUGCUGAAGCACAUUAAGAGGAGGAAGCAAAACCUUCAAAAUUCGCAUCAACAAGGACCAAUGAGACCUUUGUCUGACGGUCCACUGUUCUGCAUGGAGACCGAGCUUGAAAAGCUUAGGGACGAUCGAAACAAAAUGGAAACAGAAAUUGUCGAGCUGAAACAACAGCAAGAGAGUGCAGAUAGUUGCUUGGCUGGUAUCAAGCAGAGAAUCGAAAACACCGAGUGUAAGCAACAGCAGAUAUUUGUGUUUUUGGCCAAAGCAUUCGCGAACCCAGUGUUUCUUAACCAAUUUGUCCAGCUUCUGAGGCAUAAAAGAAAUCUCCCUGAUGGCCAAGUCGCGAAGAAAAGGAGAUUAGUUGCCCCGGGAAGCAAUGAGAACGCGGUGGAAGCCAUGGAUGCUACUGGCAAUGGGGAAAAAGCAAAUGGGAAGGGGCAAAAUCAGGAGGAACUGGCAACAGUACAAUCAGAAGUGAGCGCACCGUUUUCUGGUUCAUUGGAUGAUUAUGGGAGUCCUAAUGAAGAACAAAAGGCCAAUGUCAAAACUGAUCCUGGAUUUCAUAGGUCCGAUUCGGGGCCCGAGAACUUUAUCUUGUGGGAGAAGCUGCUUCAGGAUGAAAUGAUUUGUGAGAGUGACGAGCAAGUGGAAGCUGAGCUUGCACAUCAUCAGUCCAAAAUGGUGCUUGAGUUGGAGAAUUUGCUUGCUAAGUCGCCGGAGUGGAUCGGCUAUGGGAGGGAUUUGGAGGAGCAAGUGGGGUGUGUUUAAACAAAGCUGUCAAGUGAACAUGAGAGUAGAAGGUGUAGAUGGAUCAACUAAGAUAGGCCUUUCGUUUACUUUGCGAAGGAGUAGUUCAACCGAGGUGCCGGCAACAACUUGUGCAACCGGUUUCGGAGGAGAUGUUUAGAAUCGUGUUUCAUCGGCAUCGUUAAUUCUUGCCAUGUUUUCUUAUUUUCUUUCACUUCUGUCAAUUAUUUUAGGGAUUUGCUCUCUGGCUUUGUAUAUAGCAGUGUUGCCAUACAAGCUAUGGCAUAGUCUAUCUUAACUUGGUAGUUUCCAUCAACAUAUCUAGUUGAACGCAGGGGGUCUUUGAAGUUGCUACUUGUUAAAAAAUGCAUGGUUGCUAUUUGGUUGGAUAAA